AUGGCUGGCUGUAAUACAGACUGCGUGGAGAAACCAAUCUCCAUCUGCUUUCAGAAGUUUGGACGUUUUGUGGGAAGACAUCCUUGGUGGUUCUUUUUAUCGCCUUUAUUUAUUUCUGCUGUGCUUGGGAGUGGAUUUUAUUUUCUGGAAGAACGUGAAGCGAAUGACAUUGAGGAGCAGUUUACACCUGUUAAUGGCCCUGCCAAACUCGACCGGCUGUUUGUCCAGGAGAACUUCCCUCAGAACGACUCGGUGUUUUCCAACCAGAGGCUCUAUACGGAUGGAGUUUACGCAUCGUUCAUUGCUGUCUCGAAAUCGCCCAACAUCCUGACAGAAAACGCAUUAAAUGAAAUAUUGACCUUAGACAAAAAAGUUAAAGAGCUGAAUGCUUCAAUGGGUCAUGAAGUGUUAACUUAUGAUGGGCUAUGUGCCAGAAAAUAUAACAAAUGCAUGCCAAAUAAGAUACUAGAUGUUGUGAAUUAUUAUGGUAACAAAAUUGAGCGGACUGAGCUCACUUUUCCCUUUCUGCGAGUCGGAUUUGCACAUAUUUUUCUUGGAUAUUCCGUCGGUGGAGUAACGCUCAAUUCCACCGUGAUCAAAGGCGCUAAGGCUGUGCGGCUUUUUUAUUUCUUAAAGGAUGGCAACCGCUCUAGAACAGAUUUGUGGCUCAAUGAAUUCCUCAGGGUCUUUCCCUCAAACCUCAACUUAACAUUCGUCAGGGUUACCCACUCAACCUCUCUGUCAAGACAGGUGGAGUUUGAAGCAAACACAAAGGAUGUGAUUCCUUUGUUUUCCAUCACAUAUGUAAUUGCCAUACUUUUUUCAAUCCUGUCUUGCUUAAGAUUUGACUGUGUGAGGAAUAAAGUGUGGGUUGCCACCUUUGGUGUGAUCUCUGCUGGUCUGGCAGUGCUGUCUUCUUUUGGGAUGAUGCUUCAUAUUGGAGUGCCUUUCGUCAUGACAGUGGCCAACUCACCCUUUCUGAUAUUAGGGAUUGGAGUGGAUGACAUGUUCAUCCUCUUGUCUUGCUGGCAGCAGACCAACGUCCACGACAAAGUGGAGAACCGUCUAGCAAACACCUACAAAGAGGCGGCCAUCUCCAUCACCAUCACAACUCUGACCGACGUGCUGGCCUUCUACAUCGGCCUGAUGACCCCGUUCCGCUCCGUCCAGUCCUUCUGCCUGUACACCAGCGCCGCCAUCCUCUUCUGCUACAUCUACAGCAUCACGUUCUUCGGGGCCUUCCUGGUGCUGAACGGCCGCCGGGAGAACAGCAACAAGCACUGGCUGACCUGUAAGGAGGUGCCGGAGGAGGGCCCCGUGGGACACUCCAAAUGGUACAACCUGUGCUGUGUGGGCGGGGCUUACGACCCCCACACAGGCAAAGAGGAGGUACAGCCCAUGAACCACUUCUUCAAAAAGUAUUAUGCGCCCUUCCUGACCAAAUCUGGGAUUAAGACUCUGGUCAUUCUACUCUAUUCCAUAUAUCUGUCCGUCAGCCUGUACGGGUGCUUUCAGAUCCAGGAGGGAAUAGACCUGCGCAACCUUGCAGCCGAUGACUCCUAUGUAGUGAAAUAUUACAAUGACGAGAAGGCAUACUUCUCCGAAUAUGGUCCAAAUAUUAUGGUUAUCAUACGUGGGGAAUUUCCUUACUGGGAUGAGCAAAAUAGGUCUGCUCUUGAAACAUGUGUUGAGGAUUUCAAAAACCUCUCUUUUAUUGAGAAAGACAUAUUCACCUCAUGGCUGAAAUCAUACAAAUUCUAUGGACAUCACACCAAUUUAAAUUUGAGCGCUGAACACAUUUUCAAGAAUAACCUUAGCUUGUUUUUGAGAUUCUAUUCGGAUUUCAAGCAGGAUGUUAAUUUCACUAACAAUUCCAUACACGCCUCGCGUUUCUUCAUCCAAACUGUGAACAUAUCCACAGCCCUCGAUGAAAUGAAUAUGCUGAACAAAUUGCGAGAUACUGCCCAGAGGUGUCCAGUUCCUUUACUGGUGUAUCACCCUGCGUUUAUCUACCACGACCAGUAUGCCGUUAUUGUCACUAACACUAUCCAGAAUGUUGCCGUCACCACAGCAGUGAUGCUGGUGAUUUCUCUCCUCUUGAUCCCAAACCCGCUGUGCUCCCUCUGGGUGACAUUCUCCAUCGCCUCUGUCAUCUUAGGGGUUACAGGGUUCAUGGCGCUCUGGGAUGUGAAUUUAGACGCCAUCUCCAUGAUCAUCCUUGUGGUGUGCAUUGGCUUUUCUGUGGAUUUCUCAGCACACAUCUCGUACGCGUUUGUGUCUAGCAAGAAGCCAAGUGCCAAUGAAAAAGCUGUGGAAGCGCUCUACCAUCUCGGCUACCCUAUACUACAAGGCGCCUUGUCCACUAUACUAGGCGUCGUGGUGCUUUCGGCCUCCAAGAACUACAUUUUCAGGACAUUUUUCAAGAUCAUGUUCCUGGUUAUCUUCUUCGGCCUCUUCCACGGCAUCAUGUUCAUUCCGGUGUUCCUCACCUUCUUUGACAUGUGCAGCGGAACCCCGGCCAAAAUACGGAAUCAGAACGAGGAGGAGGGCCAGGCCAUGGGCAACUGCCAAGCCAAGAGCAAGCAGAAAAACGGGAGAGAGGAGGAGGACAAAGACAAGCAAAUCUACGUCAAUCACUCAUUCUUGCCGGACAGCAACAACCAGGUAUGUCAGUCGCAGCCAUGCGCUGCAAUCUGGAGCGUGACGAUUAACAACCAGCACACUGCAAUUGACCAGGUGUGUCUGGCAAGCACCAUCCCCAUGUUCACGGUGGACAGUGAGACCUAUGAGGUCCACAUGCACACACCAAGCAACAAUGCUGUGGUCACAGAGAGCUGCCACCAAAACCAGGCAUCUCAUGAGGGUCAGAAUAGCAUCAGGGGCAAUAACCUAUCUGAUGGUAGUGUAGCAGUGUCUCCCAAUUGCUCUGAUGCAGUCAGCCAUGAAUGA